AACAACUCCACCUAGGCCUUAUUUCCUAUUUGCUUCCUCUCUCUCUCUGUCUUUCUUUCUCUCUCACUUUCUUCUCAUAUUUUUGUGUUUAAUUUCCCUCCUAUUAAACACACACACACAUACUAAACACAUAUACAUAUUCAUACCAUCACACACACACACAAAAAUAAAUAAAUAAUCUACGUGUGUAUAUAUUUGUAUACACAAAAAUAUGGCAGAAUUGGAGUUUCAAAGUAAGCAUGGUAAUAAUCCUACAAGUAAUGGACGUUUAAAGUUAUUCGGUUUCGAUGUAACGGAGGAUCAAGAACAAGAGGUUGACUCAACAAAAAGGUCGAUAGGGUCACCGGAAUCGGGUGGUUUUCCGGCCACCGAUGGCCGGAAAUACGAGUGUCAAUAUUGUUGUAGAGAAUUUGCAAAUUCACAAGCCCUAGGUGGACAUCAAAAUGCUCACAAAAAAGAAAGGCAACAAUUGAAACGUGCCCAAAUGCAAGCUAGUAGAAAUGCAUACAUGAGAAACCCUAUUAUCUCUGCCUUUGCACCACCAUCGCACCUACUGGCUCAGUCAGGCGCGAUGGCGGUCCCCACGAUGUCUCCGUCGUGGGUAUAUGUCCCACGCCCCACGCCACCCUUUCACGUGUCGCAUGGUUGCGUGUUUCCUAAUUCUUCAGGGGCGCGGGGUGUAGGGAACUUAGUGUAUACUAGUAGUAUAGCGGAAUCUAGCUUGACAAGUGUUGGGCCUCAACAAGUUAAGGCCCAUAGUGCUAAAGUUGGGCCCAAUUAUGAUGGGCCAUCAUUGAGUAGAUUUUCGAGUAUGGAUUCUGGGCCCAAUUUUGAUGAUGCAUUUGGGUUGGAUUUGCAUCUAAGCCUUGCUCCUGCUGCACCGUAACGUAUGUUGUUCAGACUCUUCAAAACGAAGUUCAUGAAUACGUGCCGAGUUCGCUAAAAAUAGCUUACUUACUCAGAAUUCGACACGGGUGCAGUAUCGAAAAUGAAGAGUUCACGCAUAUUAGACCAUAACUAGGAAGGAAGAAUUAUUUAUCUUUAUUUCUAUUUUUACUUUUUUUUUUCUUUGAAUUAGUUUUAUCCAAAAAUUAGGAUCUUGUACAUCUCAUAUUAUUUAUUUAUUUUUUCAUCCAAAGAAAAAAAAAAUCCUGACAUAUAUUUUCUGAUGUUCA